AUGAAGCCUGUUUGCGGGUUGCCAGGUCGGGCCUCUCAGGUGUCCUCCUGGUGCCCUGCUAGCCUUCCCCACGACACACAGCAUUCGUCUACCAUCUGCGACCAGGCUGGGCUGGCCGCCCCAGAGCAGACAGGGCCCACGUCUGCCCAGCUCCCACCCAGCACCCGGUGGGAAACUCGUGGUGCCAUGGGCCAGGCCCUGGGCAGCACUGGGGGACACAGACAAGGGUCAGGUUCCCUCCUCGUGGGGGGCUCGGCUGACACAACCUCGAGGGAGGCGCAGCGCCUAACCCGCCACCUCUGCCCCCAGGUCACGUCUGCAGGGGCCAACCACUCGGAGGUGACUGAGUUCAUCCCGGUGGGUCUCCCGGGCUCCCUGGGCCUGCACUUGUGCCUGCUGGUGGUGCCCCUGCUGGCCUACCUGCUGCCCGUCACCGAGAGCCUGCUCGCCGUCGCCGUGAUCCACGCCAGCCCCGCACUGCACAAGCCCGUGUACGGCUUCCUCAGCAUAUCCUUCCUGGAGGUGUGGUACAUCUCCGUCACGGUGCCCAAGAUGCCGCUCAGCCUGGCGGCGCCCGAGUUCCGCCGCAUCUCCUUCGCGGGCUGCAUGGUGCAGCUGUACUUCUUCCUGGCACUGGCCUGCUCAGGGUGCGUGCUCCUAGGCGUCAUGGCCUACGACCGCCACGUGGCCAUCUGCAGCCUGCGGCGCUACCCAGCCAUCGUGAGCCCCGGCCUCUGCAGCCUCCUGGCCGCUGGCCCCUGGCUCUCGGGCUUCACCACCUCCGUGGGGAAGGUCUUCUUCAUCUCGCGCCUGGGCUACUGCGGCCCCAACGUCGUGAACCACUUCUUCUGUGACGUGUCCCCCCUGCUGAGCCUGGCGUGCUCCGACAUGUCCCUGGCGGAGCUCGUGGACUUCCUCCUGGCACUGCUCAUCCUGCUGGGGCCGCUGCCGCUCACCGUCUCCUCCUACACCGCCAUCAAGCGCACCCCAUCCGCCGCCAGCUGGCACGAGGCCUUCUCCACCUGUGCCUCGCACCUGGCCGUGGUGGUCGUCUUCUACUCGGCCUCCCUCUUCAUCUACACCCGGCCUCGCGCCAUCUACUCCUUCAACCUCCACAAGCUGGUGCCCGUGGUCUAAGUGCUCACGCCUCUGCUCAACCCCAUCAUCUGCUGCCUGCGGAACCAGGAGGUCAAGGAGGCCCUGCACACGGUGGUGCAGAGGGCGGCCCAGACCCCACCAACACGGUGA